AUGCUCUCGAUAAGAAGUAUUACCAAGUACAUUCAUCGUUUCCUACCGGCGACUUUGUUUGGAGAGCCAGACGUUUCAUUCCAAAAUGGAGCUUAUUUUUAUUACAGGACGUGGUGGACUCAUGUUGAAAUGGGUCCCCCGGAUGCAAUUCUUGGGGUUACCGAAGCGUUCAACCGUGACACUAAUCCACAGAAGAUGAAUCUUGGUGUUGGUGCCUAUCGAGAUGAUCAGGGUAAACCAUUCGUUCUACCUUGUGUUCGUGAGGCUGAGAUCCGUCUACUUGGAGAAAAGCUCAACCAUGAAUAUGCUGGCAUUGCUGGAAUACCUGAAUUCACGAAGGUUGCCGCAAAGUUGGGUCUGGGUGAGGAUUCUGAAGUGAUCAAAUCCGGUCGUAUAACUACAAUGCAGAGCAUCUCUGGCACAGGCGCUUUGCGGAUCGGAUCUGAAUUUCUUGCAAAGUACCAUCCGAACAAGGUGAUCUACCAGCCUACACCUACGUGGGGAAAUCACGUUCCCGUGUUCAAGUAUAUUGGUAAUUGUAGAAGGAACAAUGGAAGAAGAUCUCCUGAGAUCUGCAAGAAGAACGAGCUUUUCGUUUUCUUCGACAUGGCUUAUCAAGGGUUCGCUUCGGGAGAUGUCGAUGGUGACGCAUAUGCCGUGCGUUAUUUCAUCGAUCAGGGGCACAACAUCUGCCUCGCCCAGUCAUUUGCCAAGAACAUGGGAUUGUACGGAGAGCGAAUAGGAGCGUUUUCCGUAGUGUGUGAGAAUGCAGAAGAGGCAGCCCGCGUUGCCUCACAACUGAAAAUUCUCAUUCGUCCACUGUACUCAAAUCCGCCGAUUCACGGCGCCCGCAUUGUCACGAAAAUCCUCACUGACGCAGCUCUUCAUAAGCAAUGGUUGGUCGACGUAAAAGGUAUGGCCGACCGUAUUAUUACAAUGCGGAAACAGUUGCGGGAAUUGCUUGCCAAAGAAGGAUCUAGCCGUAAUUGGCAACACAUUACUGAUCAAAUUGGAAUGUUCUGUUUCACUGGAAUCAAUCCUCAACAGGUGGAGAAGUUGAUCAAGGAGCAUUCUGUUUAUUUGACAAAGGACGGUCGAAUUUCUGUGGCAGGAAUCUCGUCCAAUAAUGUCGGAUACUUCGCCAGAGCUCUUCAUGCCGUCACUAAGUAA